AUGGUGCCCUUGGGCCAAGGGGAUGACACCUUCUUCAAAGACGGCCCCUGAGCGUCAGAUGGGCUGCGAACCACCCUGAAGGAGCGGCAGAGCCGGGUGUUGGCACUGUGAGCUUUGGAGUAGGUCAGGAGAGGACUACUGAGAAAACAGAGAGGUCAACGCCACCAAACCUCAGCAGCAGCUAGCAUGGCUACAGCAAGCACCUCAGGGCAGAGCGCCUUCGGGCUCGGGAGGAAAAAGAAGAACCCUGGUCUGAUGGAUCAGAUUAGCAAAUUCUUUGGAGGAGACAAAAAGAAGAGGAGCAAGGGGUCUUUCCGGGGUCAUCUGGCCGCCUCACCCCAGCAGUCCUCUUCUCGUCGUCGGACCAACGAAAAUGCUGUUGUGCAUUUCUUCAGGAGCAUUGUUUCCUCUCCUCGUCCUAAAUCCAGGUGGAGAGACGUCUUGGGUUUGGCCACGUCACCGCGUGCUGAGAGCACAAAGUCGCCGGUCAGAAGACGCAGAGACCAAAGCACGCUGUCCAGACUCUUCAACCUGUGAUGCUCUCAUCAGAGAUCAGGAGAAGGAAAGUCCCGUGCACCCUCUAAACGCUGGAGCACCAUCUUCUAAGCUCUCCGCCGAGGACCAAACCACAGAUCCAACACCGGUGAGACCAGAUGAAGGAGGAGGAGGAGAGGCAGACACGUGUGCGGCGGACUCACAACCUCAAGAGAUGUUAACCUACUAACAUGAGCCUCCUGUAUCUUUAGACAGAGACACAACAUUAGCAUUAAAAAAAAAGAAAAACUUUUCUGGGUAUGUUGUUGGUGCCGAUUUUAUUUUUAAUUCUUCUUCUAAGGGAUUAUGUAUCUGUUUGUAAGAGGUUCAGUCGUGCUUUUAGUAAAAAUCAUUGUCUGAUGGUGCUAGUGUCUGCUGUCUGAGGUGUGUUCAUGGCAGAUGUUUGUUUCUUAUGUGUCUGCUGUCACCUGCAUUUUGUACAUGAGUGAUGCUUUAUGGGUCUCGCUGCUUCCUAGAAACACAGCUCACACACCAAACAAAACAAACACACUUUCACAUGUGAAAUCGUGACAGAGGGCGUCCCGUUUCUGCUUGAGUACCUCACAAAGGAGCUGAAAACCUGCAGCAUGCAGCAGCAUGGACUCUAAUAUUGUUUUUAACACCACUGUUUUAGUUCUGUUAUGCCUCGGUGUAAUUAAUCAGCAUGUAUGAUAUGAUGCUAACUCUACCAGAAUAUAAUAAAGAUGCCCUUUUGAAUGCACUGUUUCACAGCUCACAAAUCUGCUAAAAGUCUUCUGUUGUCUUCUCUGCAGCUUUCGCCUCUUUCUCACUUCGUGAUUUUUAUCUGUGCUAUUUUAAGUUUUAUGGUUAUUUGUGUUUUCAGAGGACGGUUUGUGUGUUUUUUUGUAGCUGAUGGUUAAUUUGCAAGUGGUUCAAAGGUUUAAGGAUGAAGCAGCAAGAUGGCGCGAGGAGCACGGCACUGUGGGACAGGAUGUUGGAUUCACGUGUUCUGAUACAUAAUUUGUCACCUUUUUAUUUUGUUUGUAAUAAAUGACACUGCCGCUCUCAUUUCUGCUUGAUUUCUGCCUGUAUGUUCACUUUAGUUGAAUAGACAAAAGCACUGUAAAGAUGAGGUGGCUAACAUGUGGUGGUGCUACGGGAACAGGAGCUGGUACUUAGAAAAGUGUUGUGCUUCCUCUUAAUGUAAACUCCCUGUUUGUGAUGUACAGCCUAACUUUUAAUAAACACCUUUACGUUUCUCAGA